CAUUACAAGUCCUACUUUAUAGUAAUUAAAAGCACUUGAGUAAAUGAAUUUUUUUAGCUUGAAAAUUACUGAUUGCUUCAAGCUUGAAUUGAUUCAGUAUUUUGUAUAAAGUUAGAAGGGAAUUUUUAUUUUAACAUUAUUCAUAAAUUAUUUCCCUCUCCUUCUCUCUGUUAUGGCUAAGGAAGAUAAUCCUUUGGUGUUUUUGUUUGUAAGCUUUAAUUCAUAAGAAGGGGGUAUAAUUGAUAUUGAUAUUUGAUGAGGCAUGUGGUUAAAUUUGCUGAUGAAGAUUGUAAGAUCUUGUAGCCUUGUAAAAUUUGAAAUUUUUAAAAGAAUGUCCACGGAGAGAGAUCCAAAUCCAAAAGAUGUUGUAAAAUUUUCAAAAUGACAUAGCGAACUUGUCUUUCUGAUGAUAAUGUGAUCUUGCCCUUGUUACGCUUAGUUGGGGAAACUUCUAAAAUUAGCAAGAUAUGUUUUGCAAAACGCAACCUUGUUACGUUCCAUGAUCAUAACAGAAUUGGCCUCAUACCCAAGGAGCUCUGCAGUUUGUGAUCUUGUAAUUAAGUAAUUGAUAUGCUUGUCAGUAGUUGGAAAUUAUUCCUAAAGUGGCUGACUGCAUUUGUUCUUAUUUUAAUGUAUCUGCUGGUUUUGGUGCUUUUGUUAGACACAAACUUUGUGUGUAGUUGUACUCUUUCUUGUGUUAUUGUUUUCAAAAUUGCUGAACUUAUGCACUAGUGCACUACAGCUCUACUUUUGCAAAUCUGACAAACUGAAAUGAGAGUAGAUUGUCUAAUUUGUUGUGUGGAUGUGUAUUCGUGUGAGUCUUAGACCUUUUUACCUUCCCAAAGGAGAAGAAUCUGUGAAGCUUUUAUUUAAUAUUCAUUACAAGUACUACUUUGAAUUAAUUAAAAGCACUUGAGAUAAUGAAUUAUUUUAGCUUGAAAAGUACUGACUGCUCAAGCUUGAAUUGAUUUAGUAUUUUGUAUAAAGUUAGAAGGUAAUUUUUAUUUUAACACCAUUCAUAAAUGAUCUCCCUCUCCCCCUAUAUCUCUCUCCUCAGUUAUGGCUAAGGAAGAUAACCUUUUUGAUGUUGAUUCAUGUUGAUAUUUGAUGAGGCAUGUUUAAGUUUGCAGAAGAUUGUCAUACUUAAUUCAUGGUAAUGUGAAUCCUCCUUUCAACAAUUAAGGCAAGAUGAUAUGUCAUUGGAUUUAAAUACUAAACUUAUAACCUGGACAGAAAUAUAAUUUCUUGUUCAGUGAACUUAUAAACUCGAUAGAAACAUAUUUUCUUGUGUCGUUGGACCUGCAUCUACCUCCAUUGGUUGAUAAAACAAGUUUAGUUGGGGAAACUUCUAAUACUCAAGGACUUCACAUGAUAGGUACAAUAUUAGAUGAUUCUUGUGUCAUUUGUAGUCUCAUUCCUUCCACCUCUCUUCUAACUCAUUUCAGAUUUUGAAAAGAAGGAUAGAAACAUAUAUAUAAAGCCAACAACUGAUUUUUUGUAUAUGAUAUUUAAGUUUGUUUUAUGGACUUAUGAAGUCCAUAAAAGAGUCACCAUUUCCACAUCUAGCUUUAUGUCCUCGACCCUCUUGCAUAUCAUGGGGUCUGCCAAAAUUUAAAGUUUCAGCCUUCUCUUGUUUGUUGGAUAUACUUUGGUGUAUGGAUCCACCCUGAUGGUAAGGACUCAUUUAAUGUGUGCUGUUUACGUAUGCUGCAUGCUUCUACAGUUAGUAAUAUAACAAUAUCUUGCUAGAAAAGAGCCGAUUGCUUACUCCCUUCCAUCACAUCCACAAACAAGCUUUCAUCAUGCUUAGCUUAAAGACAAAAGGAGAUCUUUUUUGUUUUCUUAUAUUAUAUCUCUGCUUAGACUUGAAGGUGCAGAGUUAUAUAUGAGGGGCUUGAGAAGUAAGAUGACAAACCUCCAAUAGACAACUAGAAAUAUGCAUCUGAUGAAAACAAAUUGUGUUCAUCUUAUUGGCUCUUUUUAUUUUGCUAAACCAAACUAAUAGCCAUUCAUUGAACAGAAAGACAUGAAGCAUUGGUUGUGUGCAGGAAAUGAACUUUUUCGCCUUAUCAUGGCAUGGUUGCAAGUAAGCAGUUGUGCCAUCUACUUCAUUGCAGUCACUAAUCAGAUUAAGUAAUAACUGCUGUCAGGUCUAAUUGGGAAUGCAAUCUCAGAGACAGUUACGGGAUGAGGGUUCUGGAGUGGCAGCGAGAGUAGAGCAGCAAUGGACUGCUCCUCCGAGCCCAUUUGUUAAAAUUAGUGUUGAUGCUUCUGGUUCCGGCUCGUCAUGGGGUUUGGCUGUAGUUAUUCGAAACCAUUUUGGCAAUGUGCUAGCUGCUGCAACAAUGACACUCACAGCGGGGUUUGGAGCAGAAUAUGCAGAAGCAUGUGCACUGAAAUUUGGCCUUGAAUUUGCUCUAAAUCAUGGAUUCCAAUCAGUUCUAGUGGAAUCGGAUUGUAAGAAAGUAGCGAAUGCUGUGUCAAAUAAUCUGUCACAUGGUUCAUAUCCGUACUAUAUUAUGCAGGAUAUCAUGCUCUUAAGUUGUAGGUUCUUAUCCUUUUCCCUUACUCAUAUCAGUAGAAAUGCAAAUAUGGUAGCCCAUCACCUCUCUAAGUUCUCUUUGGAGAAUGAUAAUUGUGUUUGGGUUGGGUUCACUCCUUUUUGCAUUCAAUCCUUUGUACUCAAAGACAUUAUGUCUCUUGUUGUUUAAUUAAAUGUUUAUGUUGACUGCCAAAAAAAAAAAAG